CUGAGUCUCAGUAGUACGAUAGUUGGGAACAAACAAUGACCUAUCUACAAAUCAGCACAUACUAACUGAGUUUCACCCAAGCAGUAGCUCUGACAACGCUUUUGUAUUUUUUGUUUGUUUCGUUUCGAAGUUUCUAGAAUUCACCCAGGGCCUAUAUAAGAGGAAUGGUAUCGAGAGUUGGUUUCAGUUUCCUUCCAAUUCUAUAACAAUUCAUACGAAAUCAGUACUGAAAAAGAAAAUGUCAUCAAAAAACAAAUUAAGGUGGGACAUCAUAACUUGCAUUGCAAGGAGAAACCUUCCAAAAAAUCAUUUGCCGUCGGAGUUGGAUAUUGUCAGCUUUUAUCGGUUUAGUGUGAAAACCGAACAUUUUCUGCCACACGCUUUGGUUGUUCACUUUGAUUCCAAGAAACUGAAGUUCAAUCGGAAACAAACUGAAAAAAUUGCAGUUGUUACCGGAAUGGAUGGAUUCGAUCAAAUUAUCAACAGUGUUUUCCUUCAAUGUGGAACAGGAAAAGCCGUUGCUGAAGCAGUUUUUGAGACUUUGCAAUGCUGGAAUCUAGAUGGUGUUAUCAUCGGAAAAUGCUAUGAUACUACAAAUGUGAAUUCUGGAGAGAAAAAUGGAGCUGCUGUUAUCCUUGAACGAAUGUUAGGAAGAAAGUUAUUAGAUUUACCUUGUAGACAUCAUAUUUAUGAGUUGGUACUUGGCACAGCUUAUAAAACUUGUUUCGGUCGAGUUACGACUUCACCAGACGACAUGCUGUUCAAGUCGUUCCGUGACGAAUGGGACAGAUUGGACAAAAGCGUAUAUUCUGGCUUCCCUGCAGGUAAAAUUGCUGAAACUGAAAAGGUAAACAUCGUUUCCUUCUGCAAUCGGAUGCCGUUGCAAACCCACAUUCGUGAAGACUAUGCUGAGUUUCUCGAGCUAACCCUAGUGUGCUUAGACGAUAGCAAAGCAGUUACGUUUCGUCGUCCUGGUGCACUGCACCAUGCUAGAUUUAUGGCUAAAGCCAUUUACAGCCUUAAAAUGUAUCUUUUUCGAGAUCAGUUUAUGCCAGAUUGUGAAAAACUUGAAAGAUUCGUUCUUUUCGUUGUACUAAUUUACAUCAGGGGAUGGUACAAAGCUCCGAUUGCAACAGAUGCACCGUUGAAUGAUUUGAAGUUCAUGCGAGCUUUGAAGAACUAUGAUGACAAAGAGUUAGGCCAAAAAACAUACCAGAAAUUCAAAAAGCAUCUAUGGUAUCUGUCGGAGCUAAACAUCAGCCUUUCGUCGCCACGCAGCCAUCAGCCUUUCGUCGCAGACGCCAAGUAAUAAACAGCACAUGCUAAGAGUAAAAAAAUGUGCUAUUGAAGGAGGUUUAGAAGUUUAUGUCACAGAAAACUCAUUGAGGUUUUUUGAAAUUCUGAAACUUGAUUGCAGUUUCCUGCACGAAGAUCCAACCACCUGGAACAACAGAAAUGAUUUUAUCGCAGCGAAAACCAAAAGCCGUUGUUUGUGUGUUACAAACGAUCCAGCAGAACGAGCUCUUGGAGUAGCAAGUGAAUACAAUGAAUUUGGUCCACAGACAGACCAAGAAAAGUUUCAUCUGCUAAUGGUCGUAGCAGAAAAUCGUAAGCAUCAAAAUAUUUCUUCAAAACGUUCCGUUUUCAAUAAUAUUAAGGAAUAGUUUGUAAUUAGUGAAGAUUGUUCUUGUUUCCAUAAAUAUCAUAGAUGUUAGAUGAUAAAUAUAUCAAUAUGAU